CCUGGCUCCGCCCCCCGGCUCCACGCCGCGGCUGCGAAGCACCCAGCGGCCAAGUCGCUCGUCCGAAGCGCGGCGGAGAUGAAGCCUGAGCCGCGGACGCUGCCGCCGUCGCCCAACUGGUACUGUGCACGCUGCAGCGACGCAGCGCCGGGCGGCAUCUUCGGCUUCGCGGCGCGGACGUCCGUCUUUCUCGUCCGCGUGGGCCCGGGCGCCGGCGCGAGCCCUGGGGCGCCCCCGUUUCGAGUCGUAGGAGAAUUGGUGGGACACACAGAGAGAGUCUCUGGCUUCACGUUUUCUCAUCACCCCGGACAGUCCAAUCUCUGUGCCACCAGCUCAGAUGAUGGGACUGUGAAGAUCUGGGAUGUGGAGACCAGGGCGGUGGUGGCCGAGCACGCGCUGCAUCAGCACACCACGUCAGCGUUGCAUUGGUCUCCACACGUUAAGGUCUUGGUAGUCUCUGGGGAUGAAAAAGGAGUCAUUUUCUGUUACUGGGUUAACAGAAACCACAGCCAGCAGCACCUCUUCCCUGAGCCAAGGACCAUUUUCUGUCUUACCUGUUCUCCUCAUCAUGAAGACUUAGUAGCCCUCGGUUACAAGGAUGGCAUCGUGGUCAUCAUUGACAUCAGCAAGAAGGGAGAAGUCAUUCAUAGGCUUUGAAGCCAUGAUAAUGAAAUCCAUUCCAUAGUCUGGUGUCCUGUGCCUGGUGAAGACUGUUUACCCAUAAAUGAAGAGGAAAGCUCAG